AUGGACCAUAGUGUACCAAAGUCCUUGAAUCCUACUAAACAAAAAGCACAAAAUAAAACAGUUCCUAAGGACCCCUCCGAAUUUGUGGCAACAGAUUUCAGAAUGAUAGAGAAGAAUGCAAAGGCUAAGAAAAUCCUUAUCUGUGGACUUGGUCCUGAUGAGUACAAUAGAAUUUCUUUGUGCUCUAAUGCGAAGCAUAUAUGGGAUGCACUCCAAACUGCUCAUGAAGAAACAAACCAAGUAAAGAGAUCAAGGAUUGAGCUACUCAUGAGAAACUAUGAGCUUUUCUCCAUGAAGGAGUCUGAGCCCAUCCAGGAUAUGAUGACUAGGUUCACUAUAAUAACCAAUGAACUGAAAUCACUUGGAAAGUUCUCUGAAUCCUUCCAGCAUCAUGGGAAUCAAAGGUCACUGCAAUCCAGGAAGCCAAGGAAUUGGACAAAAUCUCACUUGAUGAGUUGGUUAGAAACUUAA